AUUUACCAGCUCCAGGCCGAUAAGCCGAUAGCAAUUGUUUAUCUACCGCCUUCUUUAUCAUGAUGCAACUCUCCUAAAUGGCAUCUUUGCCAAUGCGGUCUCACCUUCAGCGAUCCUAGCGUUAUGGCCCGACCAUCUAUUGGAGCGCAGGCCUCUCGCCUUGCGCGAGAUCUUCCUCUGGGGAUAUCUUCAACAUCUUCCACGCGGAUUCCAAAGCUGGUCUAUGGCACCGCCUGGAAGAAGGACCAGACCGCGGAUCUUGUCUACUUGGCUCUAAAAACAGGCUUCCGAGGCAUCGAUACUGCAGCACAGCCGAAGCAUUAUGAUGAGCGUGGCGUUAGCACCGCUGUUCGACGGGCUAUAGGAGAAGGUAUAAUUAAACGAGAGGACCUAUUCAUCCAGACCAAGUUUACUUCUCCAGCGGGGCAGAGUGACAUUGCCCCAUACGACUUCAAUGCCCCGCUGGCUGAUAAAGUUCAUCAGUCUGUGCAGUCAUCCCUCGCCAACUUUACGAUUGAUGGCCAAGAAGCAUACCUGGAUAGUCUGGUGCUGCAUUCUCCCAUGGACACAAUCCAGGAGACAAUAACCGUGUGGAAGACUCUCGAAACAUAUACACCGCACAAGAUUCGAAAUCUCGGGAUAUCCAACACCACCCUCCCCGUCUUGCAGACUUUGUUCAACGACAUGGGCGUGAAGCCGGCUGUUGUGCAGAAUCGGUUCCAAAAUAGGACCCAUUACGAGACCGAGCUUAGAGCAUUCUGUCGCGAGCAGAAAAUUGUGUUCCAGUCUUUUUGGACAAUCACCGCCAAUAGGCAUCUUCUUCAAAGCAGCCCUGUCCGAGUGGUGGCACAAAAGGCCGGAGUGGGGGCAGUUGCGGCGUAUUAUUCCAUGGUGCUCGGUCUGGAGGGGACUACCAUCUUGGACGGAACGACAAGUGAGGCACAUAUGAAAGAAGAUUUAGAGGGAAUAGAGGCUGUGGGCGUCUGGGCAGAGGGAGAGGGGGCUUCUGAUUGGGCCUCUGCGCUCGGUAGCUUCAAGAAGCUAAUCGGUGAGCCAUAACCCUCAGCAGAAAAGUGGAAGUUAUUAUAUCUGUAGGUGAAAUACACGGUGAGCUUGUAGAUUUACCACUUGAUAAUUCCUUCUGAGUGUCUUGCCGAUGCGAAUGGGAAUAUGUAUGGUAUAGUCUGCCUAUUUAGUAUAGUAUAAUAAAAAAAUAACUGAGAAUGCUCUGG